GAACGCGCACGCGAGAGGGAGAGUAAAAGCGAGGUGGGAUGCUCGGUGGAAGAGGAGGACGAAGUGGACGAGGAGGGCAGAUGAGGGGGAGAACGAGAGGACCGAUCGAGAGGGUGAGAACAGCAGAGGGGUUUGGAGCACACGGUACGGAGCACCCCCUCGUUGCCUCGCCAGUGGUUCAGUCAGCGCUUCGCACCGGCGUCGCUUCGCCUUGCUCCUCGCUGAGGAUUUUCUUCGGCACGUCCUCGUGCACAUCAUCGCGUGCCCCCGGUUGCCUCGCGAAAUCAAUGAGCCCACGACAUAUUGGCAGGCAUUUCCGGGCCUCGUUCGAGUAAACCGCGCUCGUAAAGCCAUCGUAUUGGCAGCAAGAUAGCUGCCAAGAGAAAGAGAUACUCUGACAGUCAAACGCGUUAGUCGAGCCUGCCACUUGUCGCUGCAUCAGGGGGAGAAAGAGACAGAGGGGGAGAGAAAGGAAGAGUGCAUCGCGACGUGCAACAAGAAGUGCCAGAGAGUGGACGAGGUCGAAAGAAGGAAUCGAGGACCUGUACGGGUCCUUAACGUUCAGAACGUUGCAUGUCUCGGACCUCGUUUCUCGGUUUUUCCUCCGGCAACGCUUUGUCCACGUUCCUGAGAUUUCUGUCCAACAAAUUCGAGGAGAGCUACACGCCGACGAUAGAAGAUUUUCACAGGAAACUCUAUAGGAUCAGAGGCGAGGUUCACCAGCUUGAUCUCCUGGAUACAAGCGGAAACCAUCCGUUUCCGGCGAUGCGACGAUUGUCCUUUCUGACGGGGGACCUGUUUGUCGUGGUGUUCAGCAUGGACUGCCGGGAGUCCUUCGAGGAGGCCAUCAGGCUGAGAGAGGCGAUCCUUGAGACGAAAGUGAGCGCGACCCAAAGUGCCACGAAGAGCAGGAGGAGUCAUUACAGCCUGAAGGUCCCUAUGGUCAUCGUGGGGAACAAAUGUGAUAAAGAUGUAAAAACGGUCACGGUCGAGGAGGCCGAGCAAUAUUGCGUCAGCCAGGAUGAGUGCUGUAUAUUCGUCGAGGCAUCCGCGAAGCGGAACUAUCAUGUGGAUGAACUUUUUUAUCAGUUAUUCGUAGUGGCGGGUCUACCACUGGAGAUGGCACCGAAUCAUCACAGGAAGGUACCACUGACCUUCGGCUCGCCAACUAUGUUACCGCCAUCGCAGCCUCGGCAUAAAGCCACUCUCAGUAUAAAACGUCGAUUGAGCGACGCUUGUGGCGUCGUGGCGCCGAACGUGCGCCGUCCCAGCAUAAGAACGGAUUUAAUGAUUAUGCGGACGAAGACAUGCUCGCUCGCGGCCGGGAACGAGAACAAUGCGCCAGGAUCCAGGAUCACGCUUAGAACAUCAGAGUCCAGGAAGGCCUGCUCGAUACAGUGAUAUCUCAAACAAUCUUCACGCGCGGACGAAUCUCCAAAAAAUAUGAUAACGCGUUUAAAAGCGAUCUUCGGAAGCGAGUAUCACCGUUUUUUGUCUGUUACAAUUUUGCACUGACUGGCAUUUCUGAUCUAUAUCUCAUUUUAUUACAAUUUAUAUGUUCGUUGUUAGCAUUAUUAUUUCUAAUUUAUGAUAUCUGUUUAACAUUUCUUGCAGGACAAGAAAAAUAAAAAUAAUUCAAAAUUGUAUUUAUAGCGUAGAAACAGUUUUAGAACUGCCAAAAUUUCUUGCAAAUAUAAGAACAGUGCGAAGGGUACUCGCGAACGAAGAUCGCCAAAGGAAAAUCAUAUUUAAACCGACCACGCUACUCGCCUUAAUUAAUUAACGGAAUAUAGCUUUAGCGUAAUGUCCCGAAGGUAAUAUGUAUAAUUAACUUAAGAUGUGACCGAAAGAGAGAGAGAGAGAGAGAGAGCGAGCGAGAAUGGGAGAGAAAGAUAGAGACAGAGAGCAUGAGAGAGAGAGAGAGAGAAAGAGAGAUAGAGGUAAGCCGUUACGUUAAUUAAUUGUCGAUCAAACGGAACUUAAACGGGAAAUCGAUACCUCGACUGACGCGGAUAAGAUCGUUUGACAUUUGAUCAAAGGAUUCUCUGAUAACAGCGGGGCGAUUGAAUCGCAUGAAAGAGAAACGAGAAUGUAUACAUGCUCUUCCUACUUGGUACAAAUUUUUAUCGCGAGUGCUCUCAAGAAUAUCGUCACGUAAGAUCGCAACACGAGAUCGCGAGCAAAAAGUGUCGGCAAGUGUCGCUGUCGAGUGAAAACGCAUCGCGAAACGGCGACGAAGGAGCUUCCUACCGAAUUAGUUAACUGCGCCCAUCGUAGCCUUACUUCCGACACGCGAACGAAUGGUAUUGUAUGUACCUCUACGUGAGAUCUGGAACAUUGUAAUUUCGCUAAUAGCGCUCGAUCCGAGAAACGAGCAUUCAAUUGUAGGCGUCGUUUCUUACACCGCGAAUAGCAUACUGCAUAGACUUUUGUUAAGGAUAUAUAUUUCUCCGAAUUAAUCUCGUUGCUUUUAUGAGACACCGUACUCCUCCCCCUGCUCGACUUACCAUUCUCGACGAGAUCAGCGAGACCGCAUCGCUAACGGCGAAACUCGCAUAAUGCGCCACAUGCGUGCAAAGUUAAUCGAUACUUCCGUGUUUCGACCUCCUUUUCUACGCAUCCCGAAUUAAUUUGGCGAAUACGUGAAAAUUAUUCCUCCAUCGGUCGCAUGUGCAUUGGCGGGGCUAGGGUUCCUCGCAUAUAACUGAAUCAUUGGAGAUAUAUCGAAUUUCAAAUCUGAAAAAUUCUCAUGCCCGAUUUCAACAGUAACGCGAAUGAUUUGUCUCUGACAAGCUUUUACGAAUUUCUAUUAACAUACGUUAUUAGAGCUGGAAAAAAGAUAAGUAUACUAUUUCAAUGAACAAGAAUUCUUCGACGAAUGAAAUGUUGUCGAAACUGCGAAAUUCACCCGUCAGUUGAGAAAUAUAUAUAUUUUCUCCCUGCAUAUGGGUCAUCCGAUGGAUGUACUUCGACCGAUGGAAUGUCAUAGAGCUAUCAGGCAUGUAGAUCUGUGACUGUGCAAGAUAUGAAUAGUUCUUUUUUCUCCCAUAGACUCAGCCCUAGUUACUCUUUAAGGUACAAUCAUGUACAGGAUGAUUUGACCAAUUAGACGGCCCGUAAGUCAUCUGUGACCGAAGAUAAGCGCAGUGCUUCAUUGAGCAGAACCACGGCGCUGCAAGUGGUAAUAAUAAAAAAGAAAGAGCAAUCAAUCGCGAACGUGUGCGAUUGUGCUCGCAUUUUGUAUCAAAUAAAAGACAUUUUCUCCACAA